GAUACUUUAGGACUUGAAAAUACUUUAUCCCGAAUCAUUAGCUACGACCUCCAAAACAAUUAUAAAGAAUCUGACCAAAUAAACGGAAAAGGUAGUACCAACAACCGCCCAAUGAAACGAUCGGUCAAAAACGAAUCAUUGAGGACAAAUCAUUUACACUCGGACUUGCCCCACGAGCGGCCACAUCAUUCUCAUAUCGUCCCAAGUGGCGGGGACUAUUCCGCUUAA